AUGUCGUUAAUGUCCCUCACUGAUCUCUCUCUCUACCCCAACCAAAAUCAAAGCCCUAAACCCAAGCUCCCAGCCAUAAACCCCCAGCCCCAGGAAUACAACCCAGCCCCAGGCAUACAACCCAGCCCCAGGAAUACAACCCAGCCCCAGGAAUACUACAACCCAGCCCCAGGAAUACACCCCAGCCCCAGGAAUACAACCCAGCCCCAGGAAUACAACCCAGCCCCAGGAAUACAACCCAGCCCCAGCCAUACAACCCAGCCCCAGGCAUACAGCCCAGCCCCAGGAAUACUACAACCCAGCCCCAGGAAUACACCCCAGCCCCAGGAAUACAACCCAGCCCCAGCAAUACAACCCAGCCCCAGGAAUACACCCCAGCCCCAGGAAUACAACCCAGUCCCAGGAAUACAACCCAGCCCCAGGCAUACACCCCAGCCCCAGGAAUACUACAACCCAGCCCCAGGAAUACACCCCAGCCCCAGGAAUACAACCCAGCCCCAGCCAUACAACCCAGCCCCAGGCAUACAACCCAGCCCCAGGAAUACACCCCAGCCCCAGGAAUACAACCCAGCCCCAGGAAUACAACCCAGCCCCAGGAAUACAACCCAGCCCCAGGAAUUACAACCCAGCCUCAGGAAUACAACCCAGCCCCAGGAAUACAACCCAGCCCCAGCCAUACAACCCAGCCCCAGGAAUACAAACCAGCCCCAGGAAUACAACCCAGCCCCAGGAAUACAAACCAGCCCCAGCAAUACACCCCAGCCCCAGGAAUACAACCCAGCCCCAGGAAUUACAACCCAGCCUCAGGAAUACAACCCAGCCCCAGGAAUACAACCCAGCCCCAGCCAUACAACCCAGCCCCAGGAAUACAAACCAGCCCCAGGAAUACAACCCAGCCCCAGGAAUAUAAACCAGCCCCAGCAAUACACCCCAGCCCCAGGGAUAAACCCCCAACCCCAGCCAUAA